CCGCUGGAGUUGGACCUUGGUGCUACGAUCGAAGAAGCAAGCGAUAAAAGCGAAUCAGAAACGUGGGAACUAACGAUAAAUAUUAACGGGCGUAAAAAACAAAUCUGAUAGGCGGUUGAAUGUGAUUUUAUAUUUGUUGUACAAUCUGCAGUGAUGCACUCUAUGGAACGAAAACAAUUAUAGAUCUUAUUUAAUAAAUUUCACAAUGCUCCAAGAAUUAUAAAUCUGGGUCAAUCCGUUCUUCCAGACCACUUUACAGGACUUUAUUCACGAUGUAUUUAAAAUUAAAAAAAUUAUAACCAGGUGCAAAUGCCCUGCACACGCUCAUCCUGGCACCAGUUAUGGCAUGUCAGAUAUUCUCGACCAUCGAUCCCAUGCAAGUUCUGUUCCUGAUGCAAAACCUUCAAAAGAGUAUGCAUUUGAGAUGGCAUGUUCAACUAUCCGGUAUGGUCCAGGAGUAACGCGGGAAAUUGGGAUGGAUCUUGUAAACAUGAAAGCUAAGAAUGUAUGUGUGAUGACAGAUUCAAACAUUGCCAAACUUCCUCCUCUUAAAACAGCUUUAGAUUCUUUAACAAGAGAAGGAGUCAAAUUUGAAGUAUAUGAUAAAGUCCGAGUUGAACCAACAGAAGCAAGUUUGCAGGAAGCUACUAAAUUUGCAAAAGCUGGAAGCUAUGAUGCAUUUGUCGCAGUAGGUGGCGGGUCUGUAAUGGACACAUGUAAGGCUGCCAACUUGUAUUAUUCUGAUCCAGAAGCUGAGUUUCUUGAUUAUGUCAAUCAGCCUAUUGGAAAGGGAAAGCCUGUUACAUGUACUCUAAAACCAUUUAUUGCAGUUCCAACAACUUCUGGGACUGGCAGUGAAACAACUGGUGUUAGCAUUUUUGACUAUGAACCUCUGAAAGCAAAAACUGGAAUUGCAAACCGUGCCAUUCGGCCCACUUUGGGUGUUGUAGAUCCUCUACAUACUUUGUCAAUGCCAGAGAGGGUUUGCAGUUAUAGUGGGUUUGAUGUUCUUUGUCAUGCACUCGAGUCCUAUACGGCCAUUCCAUUCACAGAGCGUUCUCCAUGCCCUUCAAAUCCCAUUCUGCGUCCAGCAUACCAAGGACAAAAUCCCAUUUCUGAUGUCUGGGCCCGAUAUGCACUUCAAAUUAUGAGAAAAUAUUUUGAAAGAGCUGUCUAUCGACCAGAUGAUGUUGAAGCUCGAUCUAGCAUGCAUCUGGCAUCCACAAUGGCUGGAGUUGGAUUUGGUAAUGCAGGAGUACACCUUUGUCAUGGCAUGUCUUACCCCAUCUCAGGCAAUGUCCGGUCAUUUCAGCCUAAAGGAUACAAUGAUGACCACCCAAUCAUACCUCAUGGCUUGUCAGUGGUAAUGAGUUCUCCGGCCGUGUUUUCUUUCACUGGUCCGGCCUGCCCCGAGCGCCACCUGGAAGCAGCAGAGCUCCUGGGCAAAGAUGUCAGCAAUGCUAAGAAGGCAGAUGCAGGUCUGAUUCUGGCAGACACAGUACGUGGCUACAUGAAUAUCAUGAAGGUUGAGAAUGGCCUCAGUGCUCUGGGAUACACCAAAGAUGAUAUUCCGAACCUCGUGAGGGGAACUUUACCACAGCACCGUAUCACAAAGCUGGCCCCGAGAGAGCAGUCUGAAGAGGAUCUUUCAAAUCUGUUUGAGAAAUCUCUCACUGUUUUCUAAAGGUAUUUUUGUUACCAACAUAUCUUAUUACCUCGUGUUACGCAUUACUAGCAUCCUCAGGCAGCCGUUUUGUUUUACUUCUAUGAAAAUACAAAAAUUAUGAAUUCAUUAUCAGGUGUGGGAUUUUGAAGGAUCUUAUUUCUUUUCAUCAUCAUCAUCAUCAUUCCUUAUGUCCUUCUGGUGUAUGUGUAAAGUUUAAUGGUGGCCCCAUUACAGUUUUUUCCCAUAAAAUGGUAUAUGAAAAAUAUGUAUAAUUCACUAUUUUAUAAGAAAAGGCAGAAUAGCUCCUUGGUCUAGUAUUUAACUAUCUGCUGUACCUGUACCCUCGUAUUAAGAGGGGAAAGCUAUCCCUAGUGCUUAAUUCAGAUCCAUGUUCAGGUUCAUGGAUGUAUAGAUCCACACAAUCUUAAAUAUGGCUUUGGCACUAGAUGUAGCUACUUUAACCCCAAGACAAGAAAUUUUACAGGAUCCUGUUAAUAGAAAUAUUAUAAUUUGUGAUACUGGGAGUGAAUUAGAUAGUGAUGAAGAUGAAAAGAAUGUUGUGACGUAGAUAUUGCAAGUGACGCAGAAGACAAGUUAGUGAGCAAUUUGCUAUUGAAAUUACUGCAAUUAGAGUGACUGGAGGUAGGAAAAACUUGACAAAUGAUGUCACAAAUUUUUUACUGACUGGCCAUUUAAAUAAUAUUUAAAUAUUGAAGCGUUAAUGUGGAUGAUAAUCCAAGAAGUCUUCAUUAUAUUUAAUCACCAUGAAAAUUUUACAGAGUAUACUACUGUUGUUGUCAUUUUGUGAUCAUGAGUUAAUACAAAUCACUACAAAGGAAGAGUUUCUGACAGCAAUCUUUUUUUAAAAGAGAGAGAGAGAAAAGAAGAAUAAAGAGAAAAAUGUUUAUAAUUGUACCACUGACCAAAUAUCAGCCACUUUAUGAAAAGAUGCUUCAGAUGGGGAUGUAAUAACAUAAUCAUUUGGAAGACAAAUUUAAAGGUGUUAACACCAGCAAUACUGAAACCCACCAAUGAACAUGGUCUUAAGCCACUUCCAUUCUCACAGCCUUUUUCCCUAAUUUCCAUUUUCUAAAUGGUCACAUUCUAUAUGUAUUUCUUCUCUCCAUCCUUGCUCACUCCAUAACCGCCUAGAUUUAAAUACACUAUCAGUAUUACAUUUUUGCAACAAAAUAUUUUUCUUAUAAUUUUCAAAAUCAAAUAUCACCACAAAUUUUGGAACACAUACACCAUCAGAACAAAAGAUUCUGCAAGGUUAUUUUGAAAAAGAAUGUUUAUCCAUAAUAGCAAUUAUUUUUUAUGUACCAUAGUUGUUUCAGACACUCAUAUAUACAGCUACAGACAAAAUAUUCACAGAAAAAUCAGUUUACUUCUUGGAGUAUCAUAAUACUGUAUUGAAUGCACAGCAGAUGGGUUAUAUUACAAUUAAUUAUAUCUUGGUAUUAUAAUGGAAGAAUCCUUUUCAUUUAGUUUAAAAUUAUUGGAUUUGUUUAAAACUGAAAUAUGCAAAUCCAAGCACUCAGUUAUCUUUUUGCUUUAUGGUAUGUGCAUGCACAAAGGAUAGAGCUGAAACUAGUAGCAUUUAUUCUUACUCCAUAUUGUUUUUAACACAUCAAGCUUUUGUGCCUAUUUCUACAGUAUGUUUUUUCAAUGGCAAUACUUAAUGUUGCGUUUGUUUGCGUCUAUAAAAUAUCAAAAUUAUCAUCACUCUAUAUUUGUAAUAAUAGACUGAACAUAAAAGAACUUAUACUAGAAUUCUAUAUUCUAUACAGCACAUCUUUUUCUAUAUACAAUAUUUUUAUAUGGUAAAAUAUUGUUACUUUGUGUGAGAGCUAUUUUUAUAUAUUAUGUACAUUUAUGUCAUACUAAAAAAUGUAAUAUGAUACAAUUCAUUUACAAUAAAGAUUGAGAAUAUUUUCUGCCAGCAAUAGGCAUAA